UUUGCGGCGAGUUGUGUUUACAACAUGGCGACACAGAAGCGAGGCUCGAGUACCACUGGAUGGCCAAAAAACUCCACUCAACCCUCCUACGGUGCUAAAAGGAACGGAACUGGAUCCAUGGCGCUCAACAGAACAAUUAGCUUGUAUCCUUUGACAAAUUACACAUUUGGCACAAAGGAUCCGUUAUUUGAAAAGGACCCCAGUGUCCCUGCCCGUUUCCAGCGCAUGCGAGAGGAGUUUGACAAGAUUGGCAUGAGGAGGAGCGUGGAAGCGGUACUUCUUGUCCAUGAACAUGGCCUCCCUCAUGUGCUGCUCUUGCAACUGGGCACAACCUUCUUUAAAUUACCGGGUGGAGAGCUGAAUACAGAGGAAGAUGAAGUGGAGGGACUCAAGCGCUUGUUGACGGAAACCCUCGGGCGACAGGACGGGCUCAAGCAGGAAUGGGUCAUAGAGGACAUCAUUGGUAACUGGUGGCGGCCAAAUUUUGAGCCUCCACAGUACCCCUACAUCCCCUCACACAUCACCAAGCCAAAGGAACAUAAAAAGCUCUUCCUCGUACAGCUUGGAGAGAAGGCAUUGUUUGCAGUACCAAAGAACUACAAGUUAGUGGCAGCACCCUUGUUUGAACUCUAUGACAACUCUCAGGGAUAUGGACCGAUUAUUUCCUCUUUGCCACAGUCAUUGUGCAGGUUCAACUUCACAUAUAUGUAGAUGUCAAGUAUGAAAAGAGUGUGAAUGACAUUAUGUAUUUGUGGUUACAAGAAGAGGAUAUAGUGUGACUUUAGUUUCCUGUAAAUGAAACAAGUGACGUGUUUUAAAGCAUGUAUAAAGAAAACAAGAAAUGAAACAAUAUCUACUCCAUGUUAUUUUUGUAUCAUGACACAAAUUGGAUCAGCAAUAAACUUGUCAAAAAAACUGCUGUCCAGUUAGAUACAGUUCUCAAAUGCCACCAUAUUUAGUGCAGGUAAAUUGAGUAGCUUGCAUCAAAGCUAUCUACACAUAUGCAGCUUGGUUUUCUGUUUCUUUAACACCUUUACCUUUGAAAUAUUUUCAGACUGUAUCUUCAAAGGUAGAAUAUACUGCACUUUACUAUGUUCUGUUGCCCUAAAAAAAAAGAUACCAACUUAAUGUGGAUGCAAUUGUCUCUUUGAACUUGUACAAUUUCUUCUAUUAUUUAAUCCCUUCUUGAAGAGUGUGGCAUGGUACAAAUACAGGAUAUCAGAAGCAGCAUUUUGAUGACAAGACCUUUUGUCCAAUGAGGAAAUACAUAGUGGUCUUUUGGCAAGUUUGUAUGUGGAGAGAUUUCUUCCUUUACUCCCUGAACACUUUUUUUUUCUAUUAUUCCUUUGAGGGAAACUCAGUCUAGUUCAAACUGUGUUGUCCAAUUCAAUUUUUUGUUCUUUUCUUAAUCUUUGAUUUUAUUUUAUCAUAAUAUUUAUCAUUUCAUAAAGUAGAAGGACUUGCAUGUGAGGGAAGAAAUUGAAAGGAAUUCAAAUCGGAUUCAAACAAGAUUUGUUCACAUUGAACAGCAGGUGCAAAGUUCAAAUUUUUGGAUAAAGUCUUCUCCUUCACAAUACAAAUUUCAUUUCUUUUUCUUUUACCUUUUUUUAAAAAUAUACUUUAUACAUCUUGCUGAAAGAUAUCUUGUAUAAAAGUCGUAUCAGUGUUGAAAAAUAAUGUUUAAUAUCAUACAAGUUCAUACACCCAUUCCAGUCAUACAGAUCAGCUUUCAGAAAAAUAUGUAUUUAAAUGGAAAUAAACCUUUUUCUUAUGU